GAAUUUUGGAAUGCUGGGCUCCGUCAAAAUGGAAUCGCACGAUAUUUCCGAAUGGACAUCGUAUUACAACGAACCCACAGAGGUAUUCCCUUCGGUCAGCACCAUGACGUCCAGUUUGGGGCCGAUGAACCCAAUUAAUUCUUACGUGACCCUGAAUCCUUUAAGUUCUCCCAAUUCAAUAAAUAUGGCUUACCCAAACAGUGGCUUGAGCAGCCCUUCUGUCACGGGACUGACCAACGCCACCAGCCCCAUGGGUCUCCCAACAGUGGCAUCUCCUGUCAGCCCAGUAUUGACUCCACUGGGAGCCCAGGCACCCACUCUCAAUUCACUGUCACCCUAUCAAAAUGUUGGCCAAUCAAUGGCCCCUCUGGGCUACUCCCCCCCAAAUAUGAGCAGGCCCAAAGAGAUCAGCAAGUCCUACCGGCGCACCCUGACCCAUGCCAAGCCGCCCUACUCAUACAUCUCCCUCAUAACCAUGGCCAUUCAGCAGGCCCCCAGCAAAAUGCUGACCCUCAAUGAGAUCUACCAGUGGAUCAUGGACUUGUUCCCCUACUACCGUGAGAAUCAGCAACGCUGGCAGAACUCAAUCCGCCACUCCCUCUCCUUCAACGACUGCUUUGUCAAGGUAGCACGUUCCCCAGACAAGCCGGGCAAGGGUUCCUACUGGGCCCUCCACCCCAAUUCAGGCAACAUGUUUGAAAAUGGCUGCUAUCUGAGACGCCAGAAGCGUUUCAAAAUUGAGGACAAGGCCAAGAAGACAAACCCCAAGGCUUCCAAUGCUCGAGAGCAAGGCUCGAAGGUUUCUGAAGGCCUCCAGGAAGGUCAGAGUCCCAACCCUGGUUCAGAAGGAGCAGAGUCCGGCCAUUCAGACACCUCCCACGGUUCUGAGGAGCAAAGAAGUUUGGUUCAGCUUGAUUGUUCAGGGGCUCAGGGAUCAUCCCCAGCUUCUGAGGCCUCCCCAGCUCCCAUCUCACAAUCUAUGAAUAGUCACUACUUUGCCAACUCCAUUACCAACCUGGAUCUUCCGAAUGAUCUCAAAAUGGACCCUCAGUUCAACUUCAAUCACCCUUUUUCCAUCACCAACUUGAUGUCCACAGAGCAAAGCCACAAGAUCGACCUGAAGUCCUAUGAGCAGGCCAUGGCAUACAGCGGCUACAACUCCCCACACUCAGUGGAAAGUAAACAUACCUAUGAGACAUCCACCUCACUCAGUGAGACCGGUUCCUACUAUCAGAGCCUCUACAGCCGUUCUUUGCUCAACGCCUCAUAAGGCUGCUACCCUACCACAAAAUAAAAGGAAGGACACCAGACAGACAAGAGAAACUCUGCCACAAUCAUGAGAAAGACCAUCCGCGAGAUGUUCCCUCCCAGCGCCAGCCAGCUACAACAUGGGUAGUGGAAAGGAGCUUACUGCAGGAGCUGGUCUACCAGAUUCUGAUGAAUCCUACUGCUUUCCAGAUCUCAUCGUGGUAAACAGUGCCUUCUAUUUCAACAGACUCACGAGCCCAAAGUAACAGGGAACAGCAAGAAAGAAAAGCUCCAUGCCUUGCUGCUAUCAGCCACGGGCAAACUGGUUAAGACCAGCUGUUGAUCUCUGUUCACGUUGACAUGGAUGUCACUGGUCAGCAUGGAUUCCCCAGGGCCAGACCCACCAUCCCAGACUGAGGGGCCCCACUCUGAAUGUUUCAGCUAUUAACUAUGUUUUAUUUCUUCAAGAGUGGAGUUAUGGUGAAUGUCCACACAUAAGUGAAGAGGGAGACAGAAUAGGAAAUUCUGAAAUCUGGAGCACACUGGAGGCUGUUCUGCAGCCCAAGGACGCCUGACUUUGCUGUCUCAACAAAAAUGUUACAGUCAAUGAUUGAAAUUUUGUCUUGGGAUACUCAAACCCACCCAUUUAGGUCAGAAUCAUACUUGGUGGGACUUCCAUUGUUACACAAUCAGAAAGGGGUUUGGUUACACCAAGGACAAUUUAGGCCACAGCCUGAAGAUGAACAGGGAACAUACAGUAGUUCAAUUUUUUUUUUUUUUGUAAUGGCUUUAUAUUUAAAUACAUGUGCUUUCUGUUGGGAAAAGGGUAAGAGUUGAUUUAAUAUAUCAUACUUUAGAGACAGUUCAGGGCAGUGUCUUUGUUUCAAUUGUGUGUCUCUCUUCUCUUUUGCUAUCAGGGAUGAUUAGAACAAAAAAUGGGAUACAGGAUUGUUUUCCCCUGAAACAUUUAUAAAUCUGCCCUGGGGCUAUAAUGAAAGAUGACUCCUAAUCCCUAGUAAGAUCUUAUAAAGUUUUAUUAUUAUUGAUAAUAAAUAAACAACUAUUACCAUUUUUUUCCAAAAUCAACUAUGCCUAGAUACACCAUGAAAUCUUGUUUUCCCCUUCCAAGUAACAUCUGACCUACCAUCCAAAUCACAGAAGUGAUUUUAAGAGAAGUGUGAUCCAGCAAAAAUUAGAUGCAUUUAAGUAACACUGAGAUCCAUGAAACUUUCUUAAUUUUUGUUUAGACUGCAGUGUCCACAGUAUUGGUACCUUGACCAGCAAACAUGAUUUUUAUAUAGCUACUCCUACCUUACCUCAUUUGACAGUCACCAUCGUACCCUUCUUUCAUUCCUUAUGUCAGGGCAUGCAAAGAGAGAUGGUUCCUUGGGAAAUACCCAUCAAUGAAACCUUCAGAGGGAGUUUGAUCAAAUAGAUUGGCAAACUCUUAAUUCUACCCUUCUCUCUCCACUGAUUAUGCAAACCUUGUAAGAAAGUUUUAAUGGGAGGCAAAAUCUGUAGGUCAUGCCCCAUUCGGCUUUCUAACUCCAAGGGGAAUCUGUCAUGUUUGCUGUACCAUCCAAUGGGAUUAUUAAAUAACAUAUGUGAUGUAGUUUAAGAGCUACCUAGCAGACACUAGCCCAGGCAAGUGUUUGCUUUACUGUACCAACCAGUAAUGUGAUUUAAGGUGGAGGAAGUUACAUGUUUCUUGCUGCCAAUCCAUUCUGGUCUAUAAAAUGCAGGUCAGCAACUAGGAGGGCCAGUAUGACAAGGAAUAAGGAACAGUGGGCCAAAACCUCCACCCCACCCUUGUGAGAUCAUGCCUUUUUCUUCUGGGAUUGACUAUUUAGGAGGAAAACGAGGAAUAGAUACAAUUCUAAGAGUGCACAAAAAUAAACAUUUGAUUUGCCAGUGCUGUUCCAGUUUAAAUCCUGAGAGGCCUAAAGCGUUUGGAGAAUAUGUACAAUGCAUUAUUCUCUAUAUGUUCUAGGGAAUGUAAGGGGCUUGCUUUUUAAGUGCACCUGAAGAUGAAUUAAUGUGGAAUUUAGCCAGGCCAAUAAAUGCUUUGCUUCAGGGAUACCGUUGGGAUUUCAUCUCCCCAUUUUUCUCCUUUGCCAUAACAGCUUUUCCUCCUUCGAUUUCUCUUGAUAAACUAAGAGCCUUACGGAUAAGGUCAGGCCAUCGGCUUCCGUUGUACGGUUUCCGAGUCUCAGAAAGGGGAGAGGGUGUUGUUGCCUCCUGCAACUGUUGGGGAGCCCCUGGGAACAAAGCCCACAGGGCUCAAAUUAAGGAGGGUCCUUCAAGCCAAACUGUAGAAGGGAAAGAGCAGGAAGGAGCGCAGAAUCUGGUUCUGGAACACAAACCUGCUCCUGCUUCGUUACUGAAUUUCCCAGGGAAAAUACAGCUUGGAGGUCUCGGGUGAAAGAAGGACUCUGUGACUCCAUCUUAGCGCCACUCCAUAUCAUGUCACCUUCCCAAAGUUGGAGGCGGCUUGGAGGAAUGUUGCAAUCGAGAGUUCUUCCCUACUCACACUUCUGGGGGAACUUUCCUCCUCGGCAGAAAGUACCUGUUAGCUGCUACAGCCUGUAGGGGAAGACGAUGGACUUGUGCUGUAUUCCAUUUCAGAUUGCUUGGACACACACACACACACACACACAAAUCAACAUUUCAGGGAGAAAGCUAGAUCUUUCUCCCUGACGUGCUAGCUUUCUAUUUGGGGUGAAGUGGCCAACUGCACAUCUCCCAACGUAAGGAAAAUGUAUUAACCGACUUAAAAAAAAAAAAGCAAUAAAGGACACAAAUGUGUAUGAUUCCCACAGACUGAAUUACAUGUGCAGAUGAAAAAUUUGAAUUAUUGCAAUUUAAAGUAAAAGGCGACCUAUCUCGCCGCAAUGGCUAGGGUGGCCUGGAUUGCCUACUCGGCCUGCUAACCGGCUGGGCAAUUUCAGGGUUUUUGCUCUGCCUUCUGAUGAUCUUUGAUCCUGAAACCAGACUUGGACAGCCUUCAGAGAAUGCUUUCAAAGAGACAACUAACUGUCUUCUGUGAAGCAGAACCUGGAUUCGCUUCUUCAAGACAGAAUUGGGACUUGGCUUCCAUUUACCCCAGAUUUGCAAGCUCUUCCCAUUUUAAGAUUAAUCUACUCUAACCCUUCUAUCUUAAGUCUCCAGAAAACUGGAAUAGCAGAAGACCCUCUUCUCUGCAGUCUUCCUGUGUUCUGAACAUGUGUCAUUAAUCCUCCGAAUCCAGCACAUCGAAGGUUCAACAGUUUAAAAU